UGGGCCUCUGCCCCUUAGUAAUUGACCACCGCUCGGUACUCGAGCCGUCAACAACGCACCAAGACUUGCAUUUUAGUCCCUCAUAUGUAACUUCGACGAUUUCAUGUCCGUCUGAGUUCAGUUUGUUUUUGAAUUGUUUCAUCUUAAAAUGUUUCUAAUUUAUUGUAGUGAAAUUAGCAAAAUUAGUAUUUUAGUGUUAUCGGUGUUGAGUUCCUGUUUUUGUAAUGAAAUUCCAGAUUUCAGCAGCCCCCCCACUACCGUUAAGGCGAAAGAAAAUAAUACUGUGUUGUUGCCUUGUUAUUUGAAUACUCUUUCUAAUGAUGAGGCAUUUGCCAUAUCCGUCCGAUGGUACAAAGAUGAAGACCUCAUAGCUGAUAGCUCCAACGAAACCUUAACAUUACCGGAGAGGCACUUUCUCUGGCAAAAUGGAUCUCUAGAAAUUUUAAGUGUGCAACCUGAACAGACUGGAGAAUAUGUAUGUGAAAUCGAACGAACAGAACCCUGGGGACCAGUUAGACAAAGGCAUGCGAUAGAAGUGCUACAUUCACCGUCAGUUGAACCAUUUCCUCCAAAUGGAUUCUUACAAGUCAAAUUAGGAGAGGAAGCCAGAAUGUCCUGCAAAGCAGAAGGCGUACCAUACCCAAUUAUUACUUGGUCAAGUAAGGGUGAAGAGUUGAAAUUAAUCGAUCAUCGAGAAAUUUUAAAGUUCACCGCCUCCGAUAGACAAAUGGCUGGUAUUUAUGAAUGUACGGCUGCAAAUGGAGUUGGCGAACCUGUCAAAGCUGUGAUUGAACUUAAUAUUAUAUAUCCACCAGAAAUGGUUACCUCAAGGUCCUGGAUCCACACUGCUCCUGGACACAGGGUCCAAAUAGAUUGCAGGGUAUCUGCAGACCCUCAGGCUACUGUAACUUGGCUCAAAGGAGAAGUUCCUAUUCACUUGGAUAAUAGAGUAGUCACCAUGGGAGACGGUGAUAAGCAUACUUUGCUUAUAAGGAACGUUCAGAGAAGUGAUUUUGGUAUUUACACAUGUAGAGCUUCCAACGAGCUUGGACAGGGAGAGUUAGCAAUACAGCUGUCAGGAGUGCCAAACCCUGGAGUCUUCAAACACACUGAAGAUAAAAAUGUAGAUGCAAAAACAUCGUAUACUCUAAUAUGGGAAGUGGACAGCUAUACGCCUAUUAUCGAAUACAAUUUAUGGUUCAGACCAUACAGAGCAAGGGCAACGCAUCCUCCCAACUGGACCAAAUUGACGAUACCAACAGAACAUAGUUCAGGACCGGUUUAUUCAAAGUCGUAUACAAUUAAGGGGCUUAAGGAGAGAACUGUUUAUGAAGCUCUUCUGGUAUCUAGGAACAGGUACGGUUGGUCCAAGCCAUCGCCCAUUUUAAGAUUCGCUACAGCUGGAGCAGAACUGAACGAAGACAUGAUAACAACAGUACAAGUGAGUGCUCAUGGAAAUGAAUUCACUUUUUCUGGAUGCCGGACCAAGGACAAACACAAUGAUGCAAUAGUUUACAUACUGUUAAUUUUAAACAUAAUAAAGUUAUUUGUUUGA